AUGUGGGCAGCCCGGUGGGCGGGCAACAGGGCACUGGUGCGUUUGCUGCCCUUGCUGGGUUUGGUGCAGUGCUGGGAGAUCAAAAUUCCCGACUUCGUGGACUGCACCGGCCCGACACAGAGUGACUGGCAGCCCUUGCGGUGGCUGUUUUCUCAACUGGGUCGCCCUGAUCGGUUCCCAACCUUCCAGGAGGAUCUUCUUGAUGAAGCCCAUCGACUGUAUCAGAAGUGGUACGUGAGCCUGCCCGUGGGGACGGAGGACUAUCCCGGCGGGGCGGCCGCCUUCUAUCACUCCUGCCACUUUGGGGAGCCCACAGAGUACUGCCCCUUGCGGUAA